AUGGCUAAAAAACAUGUGUUGGAGGCGGUUGACCAUACAAUGAAAGAUAUCACUGGGGUGAUGCUCCCGUUUGGUGGAAAGAUAAUGGUUUUAGGAGGUGAUUUCAGACAAGUAUUGUUAGUGGUUAGACAUGGAACACGAACACAGGCUAUGGAUUCUAGCAUACGAAUGUCGCCUCUUUGGUCUUCGAUUAUCAAGUUGCGGUUAACUAUAAAUAUGAGAGCACUAACCGAUCCAUGGUUCUCAGACUUUGUGAUACAUGUCAGUGAUGGAGUUGAAGAAAUGGUGCAAGGAAACUUUAUGCGCAUCCCUGAUGAUAUGGUAAUUCCCUUCAUUGAAAAAGAAAAUUCAUUGCAUGCUUUGAUUGAUGCAAUCUUUCCAUCCUUUGAAAUUAAUAGAUCUGAACCAGAUUAUAUUAUUUCGCGUGCAAUACUAUCCACAAGAAAUGAUAGUGCUGAUGAGAUUAAUGAUUAUUUGAUUGGCCGAUUCCAUGACGAAGAGAGAAUUUACUAUAGUUUUGAUGAAGUCGUGGACAAUAUAAAUAAUUUCUAUCCUGUGGAAUUUUUGAACACGCUCAGUGUUAGUGGUUUUUCCCCUCAUUACUUAAGACUGAAAGUUAGAUGCCUGAUAAUACUGUUACGGAAUCUCGACACGUCAAAUGGAUCAUGUAACGACACCAUAUUGAUAUGUAAAAGCUUUCAGCACAAUGUCAUUGAUGCUGAAAUAACUGUUGGUAAACAUGCUGGAAAAAGGGUAUUUUUACCAAUGAUUCCUCUAAGUCCGUUUGAAGAUGACAUGUUUCCGUUCAAGCUGAAGAGAAAGCCAUUUCCAAUUCGAUUAUGUUUUGUAAUGAUAAUAAAUAAAACUCGGGGACAAACAAUUCCAAAUGUAGAAAUUUAUCUUCCAGAAUCGGUUUUUCGCAUGACCAACUUUAUGUGGCAUUAUCUAGAGGGAUAUCAUGUGUCACUAGAAAAGUAUUGGUGA